GGAAGGGAGGGGACCAUGAAGUCGGCCAAGCCCCAAGUGAACCACAGCCUUGGGGAAAGCCAGCGGGCUCUGAGCCCCUUGCAGUCUCCUCUCCGGUCCGCGGCCUCUCCUUCCCAAGCAUAUGAGACCUACAUUGAUAAUGGACUCAUAUGCCUUAAACACAAAAUUAGAAACAUCGAGAAAAAGAAGCUCAAAUUGGAAGAUUACAAGGAUCGCCUGAAAAAUGGAGAGCAACUUAAUCCAGACCAAUUGGAAGCAGUUGAGAAAUAUGAAGAAGUGCUACAUAACUUAGAAUUUGCCAAGGAGCUUCAGAAAACCUUCUCGGGACUGAGCCAAGAUCUACUGAAAGCUCAGAAGAAGGCCCAGAGAAGGGAGCACAUGCUAAAACUUGAGGCUGAGAAGAAGAAGCUCUGCACCGUCCUCCAGGUUCAGUAUGUAUUACAGAACUUGCCACAGGAGCAUGUGCAGAAGGACUUGAAGGAGGGCUUGAAUGGUGCAGUGUGUUUGCCUUUAACAGAACUUGACUACCUCAUUAAAUUUUCAAAACUGACCUGCCCUGAAAGAAAUGAAAGUCUGAGGCUGUUGUAUUACCUGAGAGUCUUUGCCUUUUUACUGCUUUACUUAAAGUGGAGUAUUGAAGACCAGAUGGAGCAGUCAUCCUUGUACUUUUGGGACCUUUUGGAAGGUAGUGAGAAAGCAGUGGUAGGAACGACAUACAAACAUAUGAAAGAUCUACUGUCUAAAUUGCUGAACUCAGGCUAUUUUGAAAGUAUCCCAGUUCCAAAAAAUGCUCAGGAAAAAGAAGUAUCACUGGAGGAAGAAAUAAAAUCAGAGAAGAGAAAACAGUUAUUGAAGACUGAAUCUGUCAGCGAGUCAGAGUCUCUUAUGGAAUUUACACAGCCAGAGAUACAACCACAAGAGUUUCUUAACAGACGCUACAUAGCAGAAGUAGAUUAUUCAAGCAAGCAGCAUGAAGAGCAAUCUUGGGAAGUAGAUUAUGCUAGAAAACCAAACCUCCCCAAAUGUUGGGAUAAGCUUACUGAACCAGCUGGUGAGGAGAAGAAACAGGAAUCCUUCCAGUCCUGGGAGCCUUCUGUUAAGCAGCAGGAGCUGGCACGGCCUGCGGUUUCCUCAGGACAGAGGAAGCAAGAGAUGGCCAAGCUCAGGUCCACGCUGCAGGAAGAACAGAAGAAGCAGGAUGUCUCUAAACCCAAGCUAACUCCUAGCCAGUGGAAGCAAGAAACUCCCAAACCCAAAGCAGGAUACGUUCAAGAGGAACAAAAGAAGCAGGAGACACCAAAGCCUUGGCCAGUUCAACUGCAGAAAGAACAGGAUCCAAAGAAGCAAACUGCAAAGUCUUGGACACCUUCCCUGCAGAGUGAACAGGACCUCAGCAAGUCAUGGACCACUCCCAUGUGUGAAGAACAGGAUGCAAGACAGGCAGAGACUCCCAAGUCCUGGGAGAACAAUGUGGAGCAUCCAAAACACCCUUUAACACCACAGUCACAGAUUUCUCCAAAGUCCUGGGGGGCAGCUGCAGGAAGCCUCAUACCAAAUGACCCGCUCCUGCCCAGGAAGUUUAAUGCAGAACCCAAAGAUGUGCCUAAGCCCAUGCAUCAGCCUGUAGGUUCUUCCUCUCCCCUUCCAAAGGAUCCAGUAUUGAGGAAAGAAAAACUGCAGGAUCUGAUGACCCAAAUUCAAGGAACCUGUAACUUUAUGCAAGAAUCUGUUCUGGAUUUUGACAAACCUUCAAGUGCAAUUCCAUCCUCACAGUCGCCUUCUGUUACGCCAGGGAGCCCAGCAGCAACUACAGAAGAAAAUCUAACCAGUCAAAAUGAUUUUCUUCAAGAGCCAUUACAGGCUGCUGUUUCUCCAGUUACCAGUAGCUCAAGUGCUUGCUUGGUUACUACCGAUCCGGCUUCUUCGGGAUCUGAAACAGAGUUUAUGCCUUCAGAGACCCCUGAGGCAGCAGAUCCCCCAAACAAACAGCCAUCUUCACUGGCUUCGCCAAACCCUCCCAUGUCAAAGGGCCCUGAACAGGGUUUCCCGUCACCUCCAGCAAGUAGUAGUUCAGGAACCAUUGGCACAGCGCCCUUUCAAGCCAUGCAGACAGUAUUUAAUGUUAAUGCACCUCUGCCUCCACGGAAAGAACAAGAAACAAAAGAAUCCCCCUAUCCACCUGGCUACAAUCAAAGUUUUACUACAGCGAGUACACAAACACCACUCCAGUGCCAACUGCCAGCCAUCCACGUGGAACAAACUGUUCUUUCUCAAGAGACUGCAGCAAGUUAUCCUGAUGGAACUAUUCAAGUAAGCAAUGGUAGCCUUGCCUUUUACCCAGCACAGACGGAUGUGUUUCCCAGGCCCUCUCAACCAUUUGCCAGUAGCCGGGGAUCCGUUAGAGGAUGCACUCGUGGUGGGAGAUUACUAACCAAUACGUAUCGGUCCCCGGGAGGUUAUAAAGGUUUUGAUACUUAUAGAGGACCUCCUUCAGUUUCCAAUGGAAAUUAUAGCCAGCUACAAUUCCAAGCUAGAGAGUAUCCUGGGACACCGUAUUCCCAAAGGGAAAAUUUCCAGCAGUGUUACAAGCGCGGAGGGACAUCUGGUGGUCCUCGGGCAAAUUCAAGAGCAGGGUGGAGCGAUUCUUCUCAGGUGAGCAGCCCAGAAAGAGACAACGAAACCUUCAACAGUGGUGACUCUGGACAAGGAGACUCCCGCAGCAUGACGCCCGUGGAUGUGCCCGUGACAAAUCCAGCAGCCACCAUCCUGCCGGUACACGUCUAUCCCCUGCCUCAGCAGAUGCGCGUGGCCUUCUCAGCAGCCAGGACCUCUAAUCUCGCCCCGGGAACUUUAGACCAACCUAUUGUGUUUGAUCUUCUUCUGAACAACUUGGGAGAAACGUUUGAUCUUCAGCUGGGUAGAUUUAAUUGCCCGGUGAAUGGCACUUACGUUUUCAUUUUCCACAUGCUAAAGCUGGCAGUGAAUGUGCCACUGUAUGUGAACCUCAUGAAGAACGAAGAGGUUUUGGUGUCUGCCUAUGCCAAUGACGGUGCUCCAGACCAUGAAACCGCUAGCAAUCACGCGAUUCUUCAGCUCUUCCAGGGAGACCAGAUAUGGUUACGUUUGCACAGGGGAGCCAUUUAUGGAAGUAGUUGGAAAUAUUCUACAUUUUCUGGCUACCUUCUUUAUCAAGAUUGAAAGUCAGUGCGCAAUUGACAGCAAAAGAAUGGUGUUCUGUAUUAGUGGGAUUAAAGGAAAGGUAGUCCUUGACCUUGUGACUAAUUGGUUUAGGGAAAUGUUUUCAUUCCUAGAGGAAGGAGGAGGUCUUUGUUUUUGUUUUCCUCCCCAAAGUGAAAAGUUUCAAGCUGAAUGACAAUUAGCACUAAUCUGGCACUUUAUAAAUUGUGAUGUAGCCUUGCUAGUCAAGCUGUGAAUGUAUCUUGUUUGCACUUAACCCUUAACUGUAUUAAAGUUCAGCUUACUAAACUGACUGCCUCAAGUUCAGGCAAGUUAUAAUGCCUUGUUGUGCCUCAAUAAAAACGUUACAUGCAC